UGCGGUUGUUUUUUUUGGUCUCAGACCGUCUUGCGAUGCCAUUUCUCCCCCAGGACGCGGAGCGAUUCGAUGGGCUGUCUCUUCUCUACUGGACGAUCAUGGGCCCGCAUGGCAUCAGCCGAGCCGUACAGAGGCUGGAGUUCUGCGACUGCAAGAAGGGACUCGGUGUGAAGAUAAUCGGGGGUUACCGAGAGCUGACGGGAGAAGAGUUUGGUAUCUACAUCAAGAGGGUGAUAGGCGGUGGGUUGGCGGCUAUGGACGGUCGGCUUAAGUCAGGUGACCUGAUUUUGGAUGUCAAUAACAUCAGUCUGAUAGGGGUGACCAAUGAGAGGGCGGUGGAGAUCUUGAGGACAGCCUCACUCUCUAAUCACAUGUCCCUGCUGAUCGCCAGAGAUGAUGAAUCCAGGAGGGAGUUUGCUGAGCUGAUGGAGAAGUACGGCUCCAAUAAUGUCGCAGCUUCAGGACGAAUCUCUCCCACUCAGCUCUCCGCAGGGAAGCUGACGGACACCGCCUCCUCCUCCUCCUCUUCCAGAUCAGAGAGCCCCCAGCUCCUCAGUCCUAAAGAGGGGGUCACAGCCUACACCCACGCCCCCCCUUACACCACCCACGCCCCCCCUUACACCAUGCACAUGUCCUCGCACGCCUUCAGUGACAGCGUCAUUCAGUUGAUAUGCGUGGCCAAGGGAACAGGCCUGGGGCUGGUCAUCAAGGGCGGAGCUAACCGUGCAGAAGGACCAAUGGUGUUGAUUCAGGAAAUAGUGCCUGGAGGAGACUGCCAGAAGGACGGCAGGCUGCAGGUUGGGGACCAGCUGGUGUCCAUCAACAAAGAGUCCCUGAUCGGAGUGACGUACGAGGAGGCCAGGAGCAUCCUGACACGCACCAAGCUCAGACCCGACCCCACGGUGGAAAUUGCCUUCAUCAGGCGGAGAUCAUCCUCCAGCUCCAGCAGCGGGCCUCACAGCCCCAUCUCCCUCCAGGGGUCUGGCGGCGGAACUGGACCCCAGAUGAGGCCCCCGGGGCUGGGCGCCAUGCCUCCUCAGCCCACCGUGGUCACCAAGAUCACCUCCAGCCGGAACCCUGCCUGUGAGACUCUGCCAGCAGUCAACGUCACACAGGUGCGAGUGUCUCCGGCCAGAACCGAGCCGACUCAGGUCUCCUCCCCAGCAGAGAGCGACAGCAUCCCUGAAACACACCCUGAGGCCGUCAGCAGCCAGCCUCCUCAGAGGAGAUGCUCCCUCAGCACCAGCUGCCGCCUCAGACUGGAGAGGGUGGAGCAGGCUCUGGAUCUGCUCGGGCUGAAGCCCACAGAGGCUCAGCAGCAGGCGCUCAGGUCCAGACUUCAAGCCGAUCCAGCCGGGACGGUGGCCUUCACGGAUUUUGAGGGCCUGAUCAGGGAGCUGUUCACGCCUCAGCUGGAGGAGUUGACCGUCACCCAGCCGGGGUCGAGGUUCACAUCUGAUGACCUGUCCAGUUUGUUGGAGUCACCCACAAACCCGCUGCCGUCGCCGUCGGACUCGGAGGACCUUGAGGAGAUGGAGCGGCUGAGGAAGGAGCACAUCGAGGCUCUGAGGGAGAUCAAGAGACUUCAGGAGCAGCUGAUCGAGUCUCAGAGAGUUCACCAUCAGCUGGAGGAGGAGCUCAGCAAGGUCAAACAGGAAGUAAAAGUCGGAGCAGAGGAGAGUCGGGCUUUAAGGGCUCGGAUCCAGCUGGCCGAGGCGGCUCAGAAGCAGGCGAGGGGCAUGGAGAUGGACUACGAGGAGGUGAUCCACCUGCUGGAGGCCGAGAUCGCUGAGCUGAAGACUCAGAGAGCGGAGCAGCCAGUGACGACCAAUAAGGAGGAGACGGAGGAGCUGAAGAAGAGAGUGGCCGUCCUGGAGUGUCAACUACGGAAGAGCGAAGUGGCCAAAAGGGGCUUUGAGAUGUCAACGGGAAAACUGCUGAGUUUUGUGGAGAACGUUCAAGAGUUCCUGCUCGAAAGUCACGGACCAACGAAGAGCUACAGCUCCGGAGACGUUAAAGUCGGCGCGUCGCCUCAAGGCCUCCCUUCUCGCUACAAGAAGAGUCCCUGGACUUCGGCCACGCUCGUUCAGGAGGCGAAGGAGCUCACUAGGACUGUCAGAGCCAUCCUGGAGGUCGACUUGCUGACCUUCUAGAGGAGCCGACUGUAGGAGAACCGAGUCAGCAAGGCUCUGAAACGUCGGCAGGAACUCAACGGCCAACCGUGAACCCGAACACUCUCCUCCCUGACAACUCCUCAUCUCCUGCUAGCAAUGGACUCAUGUCUUAACUCUGCAUGAAAUGUUUUGUUUCUGUCAAGCUGCACAUUUAUCACAGCACAUUCUCAGAACAGUCAGUACCCACUGAGCAGCGGCUUCACUCCAGAGUUUUAACCUGAAUACCAUGGAAAAGAAAUGCAGUCUUUGUACAAGCUCAAAUGAGUAAUUUGCUGUAGAUUUUUUAGUAGAUAGUUGUGACUUAAACUGCAGUUUGUCUUGACAAUAACCAGUUCAUCUUUUAAGAGACUUGCAAUACGGUUCUACAGGUUAAUAUUCUAGAAGGAGACCAUUGUAGAGUUGAUGGACUGUGUGAACAUUUAGUAAUUUUGCCAAUAGGUCACCUUAUUAAAUAUGUAAUGAGAGUAAUGGCACCAAAAUUGCUAAUAGUUAAGAUGUCUGUGAAGGUUCUCAGGCAUCCAGCUCAUAGUUAUCUAAGGAAGGUUAAAAUCGAGGGCAGCUUCACUUAGUUGAAGAUACUAGAAGCAUCUUGGCAUCUUCACCUGAGGCCAGAAGUGGACAAUUCAGUGCUACCCUUUCAUCACUCCCCAGGAAACCAAACAAGGUGAGGAUACCAACGAUCGUCAUUCAGACUUGGACUCAGGUGACUCUAACAGCAGCCAGGAGCACUAAUGAAUCAGCAGUAUCUUAUCGAUGCUCUUGGCAAACAACCGCACAGAGGUUAAAUAGCUGACUUUCCCUACUAGUCAGUCAGGACUGAAGGAAUCUCUUGGAUGAGGGACGAAACAUCUUCUUGUAUCUUCAACGUCCAGUCCAGUUGCCCUUGAUUUUAACCAUCCUUGGAUAAUAGUUAACAAACAUACUAUUAUAUAGCAAACAGCCUCCACAGUUCUGACCUUUGAGAAAGCCAAAAGAGCUGGAGAGUCAAAAAUGGAGGACGCUGUCAUGGUGUGGCCUUUGACAGCUUUGAAACAGGAGUCGAUAGGAUGAAUCCAUCUGUGUGAACCCAUCGUCUCUCGUGCGAUCUAGCCAAGGAGCUAACUAGCUAGCUAAGGAAGCUAUUGUGACUGACAGCAUCUACCUGCAGUAGUCACUACAUCACCAGCCCUCUGGAACCACAUAUUUCUCCAAGGUGUGCAGAGUUUCCCAGCCACUUUCUGGUGUUACCAGGGGUUCAGGCUGCUGCUUGGCCAAGACAUUUUGGCAACUUGUCAAAAAAACUAUUUUACAUUUAAGAGUUUAAUGAUUUUAUAUGCCAUGUUUUCAGCUUGUUCUGUUGCCCCCAAGUGACCAAAAAAGUCAGUAAACUUUAAGUUCUUACAAGACUAAUGCAGAGUGAGCUACUCGAAGUGGCUAAAAGUGUUAGCACUCAUCAGAAUCACAGUCUGUUUACACCGGCAUUAAAAUGCGUCUCAUAUCCACAUUGUACCUGGAUUUGAUUUUUACCUGAUUACGUUUACACCUGGUUUUAAUAUGCAUCUUCAGUGUCCACAUUAAGAUCGGAUCGAGUUCCGAUCCCGGUCCAGCUCAAACAACUGCACGUCACGUCCUCCUCUCGUUUGCUCUAUAACUACAGACUGUAAAAUAACUCUGCUUCCCACCGUGAUUUGUUUUCCUCCAUGGAUUAUACACCAUAGUCGCAGCAAGUACUGUUCCAAUUCAGAAGUCUGCUUCCAGCCAAGUACAGUCAAAUACCCGGAUGUGUUCUCGCUCCGCCCGCUUUACCGAUCCUGCGUUGGUGGUGACUUGUGUGGACUUCGCAUAGUCAAGUAUCCCAGAAUGCAAAAUCACAACUGUAAGUUAUAAUGCUGCUGUUCAUGGGUCAUGGAAUACAGUUUUAAGAGUUUUUAUGUGGGAAUAUAGUUGUUUGAACUCCAAAUCUUGGCUGUUGGCUUACGCGUCCGGCUGUUCCAAUUUGCUGAAUGACUGACUGUGUGCUCCCGUUCCUCAGAAAUUGUACUCCCGAGCCGAACUUGCCAAGUCCGAGCUUUAAAGUAAAGAAGUCCGAACUUGGCGAACUCUGUGUUGAGAAACAGCUCAUGUUUUCCGCUCGAGAUAACAGCUCAGCCAGAAAAUGAAUUUCCACCUGGCAUUGUUUCCUUACUUCCUUUCUUUACUUCUUACAUUUGAUACUAGUUUUUAAAAGCAGGUACUUAUGUACUUUGACUCAAGUAGAAAUUUAAGUUGAAGUAAUAUUUUGCAAAGAUUUCUGUACUUUUACUAAAGUACAGGAUUUUUCAGGAUUUGACUGUUUAUUUAUAAGACUUUAGAUAUACGUACGUAUUUUGGCUCGUGUAGUUGUUGUAUGCUGUUAGGCCUAGUCCACACGGACACGGGUAUUUUUAUAACCGGAGUUAUUUGUUUAAAAAAAAAUGUACAUGAAAUCCCAAACAUGCUGUCAAGCACUGCCAAGAGCACGGAGUUUCUUAAAAUCCUCACGUAUUAAAAAAUGUUUGGUUUCAGUGCCCUGAUACUGCGUUUCUGUGUGGACGAACGGCCGAAACCGCACAGAAAAAGUCAUGGUUUUUAAAAUACCUGUAGACAGGGCCUUAGACAACACAUUUGCAUUUCCACUUGUCUUCACCGUGGUCACCCUGACCACCUCCGGAGGUGGUUUUACCGAUCAGAUCACAAUUGGGCCACAGUGCUUCUUGGGUACAUUUACAUCUGUACUUUAAUGUGGUUAAACAUUAUCCCAUUAAAAUCCAAAAUGCAUUUUAAAGCCGGCUGUAAACAGCUUCAGAGAUAGUGCCAAAACACUCAUCAGAUCAGAGAAAGUGAGCAACGGUCAUAACUCCCAAAACGUUGGUGUAGUCCUUUAAAUUGUAUCCAACCUCUGUCUCUGUAACAGUAAAACCUUCAUUUAACAAGUAACAUCAAACACUAUGAUCCUUUAAUGUCACAGUAUCACUUAUUUUCUGUAGCUGCCAGCCACUUAAUCCAGUCAGACAAUAACUCACCGUAGCUUCCUGUAAUCUAAUCGAUGUGUAGCUUUGUGUUUGAGUGGCUGAAUGCUCGUGUUUGUGCAGUAGAUUAGCCAGCAAACCACAGCCUAGAAGCAUCAUCAAACAAACCCGCAAACCUCCCUCGCCUACAAACACGAGGACAGGAAGGGUGAAGGCACGUGGUGAAGGAGCCGCCACAUUCAUAUUGGAACACAGCCAUCGUGGUCUGAUACCAGCAAGGAUUAAAGGACAGUUCAAGCCUGAUCGGACGUUUUUUUUCAUGUUUGGAGUGAUUUGCUGUUUGUCCUUUACCUUUUUCUGAGUAAAUAUUCUGAAACAAA